AUGAAGACCUGGCAGGAUAUUUUUGCAGAGAUUGCAGCUAAGCACUUAAAAGAGCCAUGGAAACUUCGGGAGGAUGAUAGCCUGCAGGUCCAUGACCUCAAGCCUGGCUGGAAGGAGUUUGUGCCACGCUGUGCUCCUGGGAGGUUUCAGUGCUCCCAGUGCUUUCAUGAGUGGUCUUCAGCCAAAGUGCACAUCCUGUUCCACAUGUGCUUGCACAAGGGCCGAGGCAAGGUGCGGAUGAGAGUCUUCCGCCAGUCAUGCAGACAGUGCCCUCACCCCCAGCUGGAGGAGCCUGACUUCAGCCAGGAGACUAUAAAGAAGGUUCUGCACAACCUGGUGCUAACGAUUCUCAAUUACUUCUACCAUGUGAGCAUCCAGGCCUCCGAUUUCCUGGAAGUUGUGGUGGAUGUACCAGUGUCAGGGCCACACGACAGCACCCGCUGUGAGGGCUGCCAGCUUGGCACUGAGACAGUGCCCAAGAUUGGCAAGUGCAAGAAGACUGUGACAUCUCAGAGCACUAGAGAAGCACACAUGAUGCAAAGUGCAGGCUCUCAAAGCCCUGCUGGUACCCAUCUUCGUGUGGAGGGCAAUGGUGCCAUGGCAGCAGGGCUAGGUGUCAUCAGUAAGAACAUCCUGAAGAAAGAGAGCCACUACGACCUGUCCUCCUAG